CGAUUGGCCCGCGGGGCGUCAGCGUGAAAUGAUGGGAAAACAAAACUGUGGGGAGACAGGUUGAGCCAAUUAAACGAUGCAACAGCCAAGGGAUAUGCCUUUCGGUAUUGUUCUUGCCCGGGAGGGAAAAUGUCACAGCAGUGGCGCUGGUGCUGGCGCUGCUUUGGAGCGGAUCUGACACUCUGCAGAGGGAGGUCAAAGGCCACUGACAGAGUGGUUGGAACCGAACAGCCGCAGUGGGUGGUCCGGGGGAAGAUGGCUGACCCACCUCAGGUGGUCCAACAUCAAGAGGGCUGGAGAACGAAGACAAUAAUACAUGGAGCAGCUCCCUGGACUCUGUCUACUCUGGCUGUACAGGAAAUGGAGCAGCUCCCUGGACUCUGUCUACUCUGGCUGUACAGGAAAUGGAGCAGCUCCCUGGACUCUGUCUACUAUGGCUGUACAGGAAAUGGAGCAGCUCCCUGGACUCUGUCUACUCUGGCUGUACAGAUAAUGGAGCAGCUCCCUGGACUCUGUCUACUCUGGCUGUACAGGAAAUGGAGCAGCUCCCUGGACUCUGUCUACUCUGGCUGUACAGGAAAUGGAGCAGCUCCCUGGACUCUGUCUACUCUGGCUGCACAGGAAAUGGAGCAGCUCCCUGGACUCUGUCUACUCUGGCUGCACAGGAAAUGGAGCAGCUCCCUGAACUCUGUCUACUCUGGCUGCACAGGUAAUGGAGCAAGACUGCAGAGUGGAGGACACAAAUGGACAUUCAAAAAUUAACCAAUGGGAAGCCAAAGAGACAACAAUCCAAUUCAAUCCAAACCCAUCUCCCUACAAGCACACAGUCCAGUGGUUACGGUACCCAGAUGAUGAGAAUAAUGUCUUCCUCUCAUUUGCAUUUGGUAAUGAGUGCAUGGUGAUUAAAAAGUGAAAUGAAGGCUAACUGCUCUGUUGCCAGAUAGAUAAACAUGAACGGUGUAGAGUCGAUGGAACAGAAGGCAAGAGGAAAGUGGGUUCUCCCUAGACACAGCUCAUCACUUCUUUCUAUUCUUUAAACUGUGUAUAUGAAUGGGGGAACAGACUGGGAGAUUGUGUGUGUGUGUGUGUGAAAGAGAUUGUACGUGUGGAAGCUUGUGCUUGUGUGUGUGUGUGUGCGUGCAUGUGCGUCUGUGUGUGGGUGCAUACCUGUGUGUGCAUGUUAUUGCCCCCAGAGAGAACACAGCACAAGGGAUGCUCACCUCAUUCUCCCACGUCACAUCUACGUAGGUUAUGGAUGGUUGAAUGGGUGAACAGAAAUAACAUCCGUCAGAUUCUUGCCUUGAAGUAAAGAAUUAUAAUAGCAACACCACC